GGGGUGUUUAUGUAAAAUGAAGCAAUCUAAUCUAACCUCCCACUACCAUAAAUAUGAGAAGAUAAGAACAAAACUUCCACCCAAACGGAAAGUAGAAACCACCACUGUCGCUGUUCGCAUGCCCGCUCGUCGAAACCGUUGAAAAGGCCGGUUAUGACUGUUACUUAACGCCACACUCGCGUUCCUCUCCAGUCUCCACCCAACAUCUCUCUCUCUCUCUUGUUCGUUUGCUCGCUUAAACUCUAUUUUAACAUUUCGAACGCCAGAUUUUUCUCCAAGCCAUCUCUGCUAUCUCCCUCUUUUGUCUCGGUACCGUGCUUGUGAAGAGAGGUCAUGGAGUCGGAGAGCCAGUUCUCCGGUGACGAUUCCAGCCGCAACCUCGGUGCAAGUACUGUCAGGAAAUCGGCCAUCGUGAAACAGACAAUUGAACUCAUCCAGUCCGAGGAUACAGAAUCCAAAAUUCAAGCGGCCAGAGAAAUACGACGUCUCACCAAGACGUCUCAGAAGCACCGACGGCAGUUUUCUGGCGCAAUUGAACCCCUUCUUUCCAUGCUAAAAUCUGACUCCCUCGAAUGUAAAGAAGCUUCUCUUCUCGCCCUACUCAAUCUCGCCGUCAAAGAUGAGAGGAAUAAGAUCAAGAUUGUAGAUGCUGGUGCCCUUGAACCACUAGUCCUUCUUCUUCAGUCAAACAAUUCAAAUUUACGGGAGUAUGCCACUGCAGCUUUGCUCACCCUCUCUGCGUCUGCCAUCAACAAGCCAACAAUAAGUUGUUCUGGCGUCAUUCCUCUCCUAGUUGAAAUCCUUAGAGAUGCAGGCCAACAAGCCAAGAUUGAUGCAUUGAUGGCCAUUUACAAUCUCUCCACUCACCCAGGGAAUCUCAGCAUUAUUCUUUCAGAAAAGGUCAUCCCUCCUCUUGUUAACUUGCUUAAGAACUGCAAGAAAUCUUCAAAAACAGCUGAGAAGUGCAGUGCACUUUUAGAGUCUUUGAUGGGUUUUGAUGAAGGGAGAACUGCAUUGACAUCUGAAGAAGGUGGAGUGCUUGCAGUUGUUGAAGUUCUCGAGAAUGGAUCUUUCCAAAGCCGAGAACAUGCAGUUGGUGCUCUUCUGACAAUGUGUGAGAGUGACAGAUGCAGAUAUAGGGAGCCAAUUCUUAGUGAAGGCGUCAUCCCUGGUCUCCUUGAACUCACUGUUCAGGGAACACCAAAGUCUAAGUCAAAAGCACAUACCCUGUUGCAGUUACUGAGAGAGUCCCCUUACAGGAGAUCUGAACUUCAACCUGACACACUAGAGAAUAUUGUUUGCAAUAUCGUCUCUCAGAUUGAUGGUGAAGAUUUAAGUGGGAAAGCGAAGAAGAUGCUGGCAGAAAUGGUGCAAGUUAGCAUGGAACAGAGCUUGAGACAUUUACAGCAGAGGGCAUUGUUCGUUGCUUUACAUCAAAGCCAUGGUCACUUAGAGGCAGAGCAGUUAUCCUCUCAUAUGGAGAAGGUUCUUUACAUGCACAUUGUAUCAUCAAGCAACCGGGGAACACAACAGUUUAGAUGUGAACCUGAUAUGAUAAGCUUACGGUAUCUUUGCCCCAAGGAGAAUGAACACUAAUACCAUCAGUAUCUUCUUUUCACAGUUGAGAUUUCAUGUUAAUGUGGGUUCUGAUGGAAAAUGACUUGGAUAUAAGAAUGCCACUCUGGAGUAGUAGCCAUGAAAGAUCACUUUAUUUGGAUACUUGGAACCUUUGUUGCUCAAGUACUUACAGUUCGUUUGAUUUCUAUACUUUUUCUAUUUUCUUCAGGGAGUUUAAUUUUUAUUACUGAGGAAAGAGUAUCACAUGUACAACUGUGACCAAGUACAAUGAGAUGUUGUGCAGCACUAUGGUUGUAAUGUCACCACUCACCAGUAUCAUAGAAUUAUCAGCAAUGCUCAAAAAUAACUUGAAAAUCUAGAGUGAAGAAAAAGAGACAUCUCUGAAGAGAGCUUUAUAACUGCCAUCCAAGACCAAAGAAUGCCAAUUAUCUUGUUUUUUAGGGCAUCUACUGAGCUAGUCUUGUCUUUGAAUAUCUUACCUCUGUGCAAUCUUCUCAUUCCAUUAUCACCCAAAUGAUUGCAGCCAGUGUGGAAGACCAUAAUAAUCUGCCUCUUUUUCUCAAUCCAGACUAGUGCCAGCACCAUACCAUAAGAAUCUGAAUAAGAGUCUCUGGGGAGCUCCAAGUAAGGUGAAAUAUCUUAAAGAUAUAAUGUCAUAAUCCAAGUCAUGAUGAUAGGUCAAGGUGAUCCAUUUUGUUAGGCCUUUUUCUGGGUUUGGUUCUGCAUAUAGCUUCGCAAGCUGAGCUUGGUAGGGUUACAUAUGUUGCAAGAAAUGUCAACUAAAGUUCACAAUGGUCUUGACUCUUCACCAACUUCUUGUGCAUAUUCUAGCACCCAAUGAUCCCAAUCCCAUUAAAAUCUUGUUUCUGGUUAAUAUA